AUGAAUCAAACCCGGAAUCGCGUGGAGAUUGUCCUCAAAAGCCUCUAUGCAAGUCCCAAUGUGGAGGGUGAGAGUGACACAAUCAUUGCACUGGCGAAUUUAGUCCAGCAAGGCAACGCCUCGUUGGUCCUGGAUAACCUAAAGGAGCACAUCAAAAAUGGAACUCCUGUGGUGCAGGAGCGCAGCAUGACAAUCCUUGACCAGCUCAUGUUGAGUUGCGGCCCUCAGUUUGCUGUUAUGCUGUCAUCGGAGAAAUGGACUGAGCGCCUCUUCAAGACUGCCAAGUCGACUUCCAGCAUCGAUGUAACGCAAAAAAUCAUUGCAUGUGUUAUUGCGUGGUACAAACGUUACCACACCUCCGGUUUCCAGCGAUGUAUUCAUCGCUUCGAACAAAGCAAGGCGUUGGGUGAUACAUUUAAGCGGGUGCAACAGCAGAUGAAUGUGGAGCAACGCGUAUCGAUGCGCAACAGAAACCAAGGUGAUUACGAGGGUCCGGAGCACUUGAGCGCACAAAAGGACAGGAAUCAUAUACUUAAUCAGUCAGAAGCUCUCCUGUUUGGUGCCCAAGGAGAUCUUGCCUCACUUGAGUAUGCUCUUGAGCACCCACAUGUUCUCCAUGACGAUGAAAUUGCCAAAGAAUGCAAACGGCACAAACUCAAAUGCAUGCGUCUACUUGAGACUGGGCAACAUGAGAAUAUUUCGCAACAACUGAUGCAGUUAAUCGAGAGCUUUUCAGAGGCACUGGAACUUUAUGAGGCCAUGACAGGUUGCGACUUGGGCGAGGGCGAGGCGGCGCGCCAGCGUGCGGUUUCUGGAGAUGGCGGUGAGAUGCCUAAGCUCGACAGCGAUGAUGAGGAACACGAGCGGCGUCUUCGCGAGCGUGCUGCCUCACGAAAAAAUCCGGAGCAGGUUAUGCUGCAAGCUCAAGAAGCCACACAGCAGCUGGUCCAGAAGGAACUUAACGAAACGGCACAACUGCGUAGCCAGCUCGAGGAACUCCUCCGCAAGCAUGAGGAACUGCAGAACAAGUACAAGGAUGCGAAGGCCAAAAACAAGGAAGCUGUGGCUACCCUGGAAGUGUACGCCGAUCGCAUUGAAACAAUGCAGGCGGGAGGCGUCGCUUCCCCGACGAGCCCACUCAAGAGCAAAGAGGUGGACAUCACGGUGGCGUCGGCCUCCCCAGAUGUGGUACGACAAAUGCGGGAUGAUGUGCAAUUCAUUCGCCAAUCCCUACGUGAGAUACGCGAACAACACGCACGCGAUAUAGGCAAGGAGAGCGCGUACUUCUCAUCACAACUUACCAGCGCCAUUGCUUCUAUUGUUGCUGCGGCACAAAAGGAGCGUCAAGCCGAUCACAAGGCAUUGCUGUGGACGCAGGAAUUGUACAAGAAAGAGAUGAAACUCCGCAAACAAUACUACAACACAAUUCAAGAGCUGAAGGGCAACAUUCGUGUUUAUUGCCGUGUUCGCCCCAUGCUCCCUAAAGAGCUUCAAGAUGGACACAAGAAUGUUAUGGAAUUCCCUUCCACAGAUGAGCUCAAGUUUGUUGAUCAGAACGGCCGACCGAAACUAUUUGAGUUCGACGAGGUAUACUCACCGGAUGCACCGCAAUCCAAGGUGUUUGAGGAUACCUCGCCGCUGAUUGAUAGUGUUGUGGAUGGCUACAAUGUGUGCAUUUUCGCAUACGGGCAGACAGGAAGCGGUAAAACAUUUACCAUGGGCGGUGGGGAGGGUGAGUCGAAAGGAAUUAACACACGUGCAUUGGAGCGCCUGUUUCAGAUCAUUGAAGAGCGGAGGGAGACAGAGGAGUCCACUGUUUCCCUCUCAGUACUCGAGAUCUACUGCGAGCAGAUCCGUGAUCUUCUUGCUGGCAGAGAAGCUGGAAAACAGGCAUACGAGAUUAAGCAAGGUGGGCCAUUUGGUACGUACGUGACGAAUCUUUCUGAAACGAUGGUAACCUCCCCGAAGGAUAUACACAAAAUCAUGGAACGCGCGAACCGUAACCGCAGUGAAGGGCAAACCAACAUGAAUGAACAUUCGUCUCGCUCGCAUAUGAUUUUGUAUAUUAUUGUUCGAACAACGAACAAACAGACAAAAAUGCAGAGUUUUGGAAAACUCUCUUUGGUGGAUUUGGCAGGGAGCGAGCGCCUUGAGAAGAGCGGUGCGGAAGGACAACAGCUGAAGGAGGCAGUUUCAAUCAACAAGUCAUUGUCAUCAUUGGGGGAUGUGAUCUCUGGGCUUGCGCAGAACAGCAAGCACAUUCCUUUCCGUAAUUCCGUAUUAACAUUCCUCCUGCAAGACUCAAUGGCUGGUCAGGCGAAAGUCCUCAUGUUCGUGUGCGUGAGUCCUGCGAGCUAUAACUCAAGUGAAAGCAGCAGCUCUCUUCAGUUCGCCUCCCGUGCUCGUGGUGUGGAAUUUGGGCAGAUUAAAAAGAAUGCUGCAGUUGCUGCUUGA